AAAUCCGUCUUUCCGACAAUACAUUUGUCCAUAAAAAAGAUUAUUCACUUUUUCUGUUCUCCACAUAAAUUUUGAUCAAGAUGUUUUAAUUUGUUCAAGAGCUCAAACAUACGCUUCCAUUGUUCAAAUACGCCUGCGCGGCGUUAUUUCGCAAAAGUUUUUUAUCAAAUGUCUAAUAAAAAUAUUGCCAAUCUUAAUGGGAAUAAGUUCGACAAUUGAUUGCAAUAAUUAUAUUGCUGUAUGGAAGUGCAGCGUUAUGAUUUUGAAAACAAACGAAAAAUGAGAACAGUGUAUAAAGUAAUACGCAAAUGUCAAAAAGAAACGUAAUUCUGUAAAAACAAAUCAUUUGCACAUGAAUGAAAAUAAACAAAUUGUGUAAAAGUAAUAAGCCAUUUAUACUGGAAAUAUAAAUUAAUUGAAACCACAAUUAUUUAAAACAAAAUGGAAAUUGUGAAUCCCUGUUUUUCAGUGUUGUCCAAUUACGAAGUGAUGGAGUCCUUGAAAACACUUAAGGACACUAAGAAAAAAUAUGGACUACGAAACCUGGCAACAAUAACAUAUGAAACUUUGCAAUACUUGGAAGACUCGCCGUGUAAACAAGAAUCGCGUGAAAGUAUUCAUGCAUUUUUAACAGAAGUAAAAAACUUAAGCUGCAAGUUAACAACAACAGAAUGUUUAAUGAUGGUCAACGAUCCCCCUACGAGUGCUCUACAUAUUCAACUGCUUAUUGAGGACAGUGAAGAACGUUUAUCCGAAGAGCAAGUGAAUGAAAUUCUGCAACUUGUUGCUAAACAUUUUCCUAACACUCCAACCGAAAAUACUUAAUAUAAAAAUAAAUCCAAUUGUUUUAUACAAAGAUGA